AUGGUGGAAGAAGCAAUUAGCUCUUUAAACGAGAAAAGCGGUACUUCGCGGCAAGCCAUCUUGAAGUACAUUCAAGGAAAUUAUCCAGUUGGCGAGAAGGCUAAAAAUCAGGUUAAAGUUGCUUUGGUCAAAGGAGUCAGCAAUGGACGACUUGUUCAAACCAAAGGCACCGGAGCCUCGGGGUCAUUCAAGAUUUCCAAGGAGCUCAAAGAAGAACAGAAAAAAGCUGAGAAAAAGAGACUUAAAAAGGAGAAGAAAGCUUUGAAAGAAGCUGCUAAGGAGAACAUUUCGCCUGACAGCGACAACGAAGGUGUAGAAGGAAAAACCAAGGCAAAGAAAACCAAGAAGACAGUACUAAAGGGAGAGGAUGAAAAAAAGAAGAAAAAGAACUCGACGAAAAAAAGUAGUGACAGCAAAGAGAAAAAAUCUUCAAAAGAUUCAGCAACGAAGAAAAAGAAAUCCAAGGCGAAAAAAUCGGAGGAAAAGCAAGCUGACAGCGACACAGAGGUUACGGCAGAGAAAAAAGCAAAGAAAUCGCUUGCAAAAGCUAAGACAAAUAAGAAAUCGUCACCAGGAAAGAAAGCAAAGAGUGCAAAGAGCAAAGACUCGACAAAAGCUCCUAAACCAAAGAAAACUGCAGAAGCAAAACCUAAGAAGAAGAAAGCGCUGGCUGAGAAGAACUGAUGAGAAUGUAUGAACUAAUUUAAAUUUGAUAAUUGUAAAUAAGUGUAAAUAGCUAUCGUUAGUGACGUCUUUUUGCCAGUUCGAUGUAAUCAAUAUCUUUUCAGAUAUUUCACCCUAACUGUUGACUUGCGGGUAUAGAGUUGACGGAAAUAUUUGCUUCGUUCUCUUUUUAAAAGUACUGUCCAGUUGGAAGUUGUUUUUACUUUUACCUUAUUUCUUGGGAAUUUUUUUUUCGACUCUUUUAAGUUGCGUAUAUUGUAAUAGUUCGACAGUCGGCACGCUUGUAGAAAAGAUGGACACCUUAGCAGACUGUGAAUAAAAUGUGUGUUUUUUAUUAAAGCAUUUUGAUUGAAAAAUCGAGCUAUUCACUGAAUGUAAUACGAUUGUUUAAACGUGUUUAAUUUUUUUUAUGAAGUACUCACGAUAUGCAGUUCUUCGCAAACUAAGACGUAGAGUGAGCAUGUACUUGAAUGUAAGCAAUAGUCCUCUACAUCUGAGACGGAGUCAAUAAUACAAGCUCCAAUGUUCUUUUUUCCAGUGCUGCGCGCACGUGCUAUCGACAAUUCUGUGAUGUGUGCAUACUUGGACUUUCCUCAACCCUUGAAGCCCUGGUUUCUAGCACAGUACACGAUGGUUCAGUAGACUUGAAGCAAGGGAAUUAGGAGACGUCCAGGGGCUUAGCUAGGAAUUUUCCAGAGGUGCGCACAGUUUUUCAAAUCCACCAAACCUGUUCUCCACAAUCGUUUCCACACGGCGGAUGCUUUAAAUAAAUACAUUCCGAGACGUGUUUAUGCCUAUGGCGAGUAAAACAUUUCUCUUGUAUAGGAAAAACCAUGUUCUCGUGCAAUAUCAACGGCGUUUUGUGUGAAUGUGUGUGCAACAAAAUCGAGGAAAACACUUUUUUCAACUCCUUUGCUUUGUUUUCUUUGUUUGCAUGUUUUUGUUUUUGUUUUUGUUUUUGGGCAACUUUUCAGGUACGCACGUGCGUUCUGUGUUACGCUAUAGUUUAGUCCUUCCUUCUGGAUUUGAAAGCCUGCUUUUCAUUUGUUUCAAAUCAAAAUUGUAAAAAGCCUUAGGGAUUGUUUGAUUACAGCGCAACUUAACAGAAACCGGCUAAAUAUUACAUGGCUGUGAUGAGACUUUCGCAUUGUUUCCCAUUAAGCGAUAUCCUGUUUUAACAUUGCAAAUUUGACAUAUGGUAUAAGUCUCGACUCGCCCACUCUUUGAUUCCUCGCUCGUCCGUUAUGCUAUAACGACCACUAAAGGACCGACCAACAUUAUUCAUAAAAUUGCUUCUCGGAGCGAAGUUUUUCACUGCUAUUCGCGCAUAUCUUAUGACUAACUCUGUGAAAUGGCUGUGAAAUGCAUCUUCAACUUCGUCCCCAGGAUCUUCUCGCGUUCCAAUAUGGCGCUGUCACAGUGAUAUUGGCAUCCCCAUUCCCAAAAUCCUCGUGAUAUGGGCAUCCUCUGUAACUCUAACCUAACCCUAACCCAAAUAGCUAAGGUAUUAUAAGAAGGAGAUGACCAUAUAUCACUAGGGUUUUGGGAAUGGAGAUGCCCAAACACUGUAACAGCGCCAUAUAUUUGAAAGUUGAAUGCGCCUUUUUUGCUCUUCUUAUCGAGCGGUCUCUAUUAGCUGACCUACCUACCAGCUGACCCUAAACUAGCUGACGUCACAGUGGUCAUGUUGGUUGAAUGCCAAAGCGUUUCCCUUCCGCUGGGAUUUACUAAGCCUUUUUUCCAGGGAAAUCGUUUCAGAAAAGGUGCUGUUUCAGUAUCAUCCAACACUGCCGCCUUGUCACGCUGUAGCAAACCCUAAUUAUGACUUAAAGCUGAUAAAAAGUUCUUGAACAGUGGUGGUUUGGUCGCAAUUUGCAGUAAUCGUCCUAACUUUCAAUCGUGACCUCCGUCUUAAUUUGUAAUACCUCUCGCAAUUCACCUGUAAUCAAUUUGUGGUAUAUUGUAAUAAAAAGUUGUCACAAUUUGUAAUAACUCGACAUCGAUAACCCAAGCUGUCGCAAUUUGUUAUGAUAAACAUGAUACACGUGAGUAACAACACAGGAACAGCAGCAUCAUCAACACCUGUCGAUCAAAGAAUGUGACUUGUUGGUCACGUGAGUUAUAGUUGUCAAGUUCAUACAAACGUGUAAAACGUUUAUUAUAGCUAAUACCAGAGCUCAUUAUUCAUUCGUUUACGAGCUAGGCAAGGUGCUUUUUCCCCAUUUACAGAAAUCAUUCCUUUGAAAAGGCUCGGGCAAAUGAAUUUAGGAAUAAAUUCAUGGGAGAAGCCGAUCCACUGCAACGAAUAGAAACUGAUCGCUUGUACACACGCCCACACACGGCAGCACAUUAUUGGUGUGGGCCAUUUAAUUCAAUUUUCCAGUGUGGUAAGAAUCCCUUUUCUAUUGCGCAAGCUUAGGCUUUUUCUUCAGGGUUAUACCAUAUAACUCUUACUCCGGCAAGAAAACAAAAUCCGAUUGGCUUUUACUGUUGUUCCCACAUAACAAAGUGAUUUCGGAAAGGUUUCUGACGUUUCUGUACUAGGCAGGGGCACCCAAUGGAUCUGUUCCUCAAAAUAUCUGUUCUUCAGGCAUUUUUUUGCUGGCUGGGAGAUGUGAAAGAAAUAAUAGUCCUUGGAAGGAAAGUGUUGCUGGGAAAAAGAUAAUUCAGGGUGUCAGAGGGGAUUUGAAGUUGCUACGGCUGCUACGGUUGCUACGUUGCUACGGUUGCUACGGGUUACUUGUAUGGGUUACUUACCACUCAAGAUCUGAAUUGUGCCCUAUGAAACUUUCCAGUAAGUCAGGUUGCAGGUUGUAAGGUUGCUGGCUGGGAACUUUUUCAUCAGUCUUGCUGGGAGUGAGGAACAGAUAAUUUUUUUCCAGCAAUCUCCCAAAAUGCUUAAAAUAGUCUCAGAAAACUUCAUUCACGCUUUGCUGUUGUUUUUAGGUCUUUUUCUCAAAAUUUCCCGUUGGGUGCCCCUGACUAGGGAGCCAUAUUGUAAGUGAUACAUCAACUUUCGGAUAUGUUUCAGUGCCAGUAAUUGCCCUUUUACAGAACUUCCUGUUCCAUCCCGUCCUGGACGAUAACGUUUUAGUAAGUGGACUGCUCGUUUACUGUGCCCCCAAAAAAAAAAAAAAAAAACUCUACAUUUGUCAUUUUAGUAUUUCUACUUCUGCUUCGCAUGGCUGGUGCACGAUAUACAAAGAGAAUAGCAAGUCUCGAGUUACGUUACAAAGAACACAACAAUGAUCCAUAGCCUUUGCACAAUAACAGUAUAAACUUCACACAAUAGAACGAGACAAUACCGCAUAUAUUGACUUGGUAUAUCGAGCAUCACCCGCUGCUGACGACCUGCAAAUGCUACAUCGUCUCUGGGAACCUCUAACCAAAAAUGGCAACCCAAACACGACAGCUUAGUUUAUUUCAAAUUCUGUCGUGAAGGUAUUACAAAUUACAAAAAAGAAAAAGAAUUGCAAAUUUACAGCAGGCGGAAAAAUCAGCUCUCUCAAACUGACAGUAACCCUGCAAGUUUUAUUUUUAUAGAUCAUUUUCUUGGCUGAUUUCCUCCAAAAACAACACAACAGAAUAGUAUAAAUCCCUAGACGUGAGAAGGUUUCGCCUCCGCAUUUGUGCUAAAAACACAACAGUAUAUAGAGGCUGAUUUCCACUGUUGCGUAAUUUUAACGUGCUUACGUAGGUAAUAUUUACGCACGUAAAUAAAAUAAAGGCUAUGUAUGGAAGAUCACGCGUAAACGCAAAAGUUGAACCUCGCUUCACUGUUACGUUUACGCGCGGCCUGUCAGAUAUCACCUCUAUUUUAUUUACGCGCGUAAAAUUUACGUGCGUACGCACGUGAAAAUUACGCGACAGUGGAAAUCCACCCUAAUAUACUUUACCUGAUCACAAAAUGGCGAUAACCCCUUUUUUGGCGUUUCUGACAGAAGUUAGUGCCUAUCUAACUAUGAGAAAAUUUUUAAAACAAAAAUGCAUAUCAAACCAUGGUUUAUAAGAGGAGACUGGUUAUGAAAGGCGUCAAGCAUCAAAUGUAAAGACAGCGCCGGUGCUGCAGUUUAUGUUGGAAGCUGCCUGACGUUGCAGAAUCCUUUGUUCUCUGGUUCUCUGUUGGUCACUACGAUCAAAUUGUUAGGAAUGCUAUUGAACGUUGUGCACCAUCAGGUGUACGCGGUGACUAAGCCUAGCCAUGCAUAUAUACCCUUGCUGCCUAGCUUUUAAUUGCUCCCAUAUUAAGCGGCGAAGGACUAUUAACAACCAAAAUUUUUUUAAAAGACUACGCGGAAGGCUAAAAAUAUAUCAAAUGAUCAAGAUGAUUUUACACAAAUUCGGCGAACAACUUUUUCUGAUUCCUUUGUGAUUUUAAGCAUUGCUGGCAUAAACCUGACCAUAAAUAUUCUUGCUUGCUCGCGCUUUGCUUUGUGUUACAAGCAAUUACAAUAAGAUUCAUAGAAUGACGUCAUAAUCCUAAUAGACGUCUGGUGAAUAUGAAAUGUAAUAAGCAAGGUGAAUUACAGCGAGCAGACUGAAACGAAGUAAAUGUUAAAAACGACUGCGAGUCACUCAGUAAUAAAACUUAGUGGCUAUGACAGAGAACGAGCCAAUAAUGGAAAGGCAGAAAGGGUUUGCUAUAGUAGAACACAGAGUGUCCCCAGUCAGUAAUGCGGACCAGUCACUGCAAGUGAGUACUUCAUUUUUAAAGAUUUGGUGGGUCAUUUCCUCUUUAGAAUGGAUCGUACGUUAUCGAUUAACAGUUGUAAAAAUUCGUAAUCCACCCGAAAUAUAUGACCUAAAGCCUUCUUCUUCGCAAAACUAGAGACAUUUCAUUGACGAAGCAGCAAAUUUUACUUAAUUUUCUUUCUUGCGUGAGAAAAUUCCUGAGCGGAAGCUUACCUUGCUUCCUACACUCAGUCCAUACAAAUAUUACACCAAUUUUCGCACAAAAGAAUUUUUCAAUAUAACCCUCUGUUACUUUGUUCAAAUAAAUAAUGCAACGUCCGACUUGUUUAAAAAGGAAGUUAUUUAAAAAUUUGGACUUUUGCCCUUCAUCUAAUGUUUUAUUAAGUUUUUUAUAUUUCACCUGUUCCGUCUAAUGUCGCUGGUUUUCAACCGGACUUUGUCAGUUAAAUGCCAUUUAUCAUGCUAUUAUUUUCAUGUGGAGUUAGAAACCGUCUUACAGAACCAUCUACCUUUUCAGGAACACAUUUGAUUCGAGAUAGUGCCUAAUAAAGGUUGUUAAGUGUAAAAGCUUAUGCCAUACUAGGCCGAAACGUAGUCUGGGAUAUUCUUAACCCCGUAAUGCCUAUAACGCCGGUACAGUCGAUCGACACCAUUGUCCUUUGUUUAUAUUUUUUUUUUCACUUUUCUCAAUAACGUUGAACUGUCGCCCAGUCAAGUCAGUUAAGUACAUCAGACGUUCUUUGUAUCCUUAGAUCACUCGUGCAAGCUACAUUUAUAAUAUUUGGCUAAUUUAUAGAGGGAAAACGAUGAGCGUAGAUGCUUGCCACUUACAUCAAUUAUUCGUCUCGCCUGUCAACGUUCUUUGGCUUAAAAAAGGGAAUUAAAGUCAAGCCACUGUUACUCACGUUUUGACGCUUUCUAAAGAUGGAGAAUUUAUGUUAAACUGGGAUACAAGUAAAACAAGAAUACAGCUAUUUGAUUUCCUUUCUUACUUGCGAAACUGGGAGUAAACAAGGAGUAAAGUUGAAAUCUUGCGUGGGUUGUUGACCGAAUGCUAAAUUAUUAGCGAUAAUACUCUUUAUUAUUUUAUGGUCUCAUCUCACGACAUAAAACGGCGAUAUAAAAUGAUUGCAUAUUUUAACAAAGUGAUAGCUAAUGAAAAUUUCCUAAAUAUACCGUCUUUCUAAUAAAAGAGGGGAGCUAGACUCUCAAUUUCUAUUUUUUUUGGGGGGGGGGGCAAAUUUGAAACAGGGGCACCCAACGAGAAUAUAGUUCAAAACCACUUAAUUAAACAUAGCAUUGCUAAACGUAUUUUAGUAUUUAAACGGUAGAUAUAGGCAUAUUUUAUCACCAAAAAUUUUUUCCUCUGUUCGGAUUUCCUAGCUGAAAGUCUAGUGAUCCGAAAAUUAUAGGGAUCAAAACUUACCUUUUCGAAAAUUUCCGCAAGAAAGUUUUCUCCCGAAAAUUCUAGGUGACCUUUUUAGAGUAAGAAUCCGUUCCUGAAAAAUGGGCAAUUAUACCAUUUUUUAGAAGGUCGAAAAUCAUAGGAGAAGCAGGCAAGCAAGAAAUUUUACAACAAAUGUUCCGAAAGUUCAGGAUUUCCAAUCGUCUUCUGAACAAAUAUUUUCCGAAAAUUGACGUUGGGUGCAACUGUCGAAAGUGGGUCAGAUUUCCUCCACUGAUGCGAUAUUGUCCCACUUUUUCUCGCGGGCCACCGAUCGAUCUGAUUUUUCAUCCUCGACAGUUUGCUGUUUCCAUAAACUUUUAUUAGGAGAAGAAUCAACACAGUCGACGGUGGGUGAACUUUAUUUUCUUUUUAUUUUACUGUGCACAGAAUUUUAAUCUUGAUAUCGACGAGUCCUCUUCAGACGAUCUGUUAAAUACCUGUCGUAUUUGCAGAGAUGAAACAGUCCGUGAGUGUCUUAUCAGCCCUUGUCACUGUGCAGGGACACUGGGCAAAUGUCAUCUCCAGUGUUUAGAGGAGUGGCUCUCCAAAGCUAACAAAAGUUCCUGUGAAAUAUGUGGUCAUAGAUAUCACACUGCGAGAAUUCCAAGGUCUUUCAAAGAGGUAAGUCAGUCUAAAAGCGACAUAUACCGGGACGCCAGACGAGUACAUGUAUAUGUUGAAGGUCAGACGUGAUCUGUUCUCAGGAUGAACCAGAAUUUCCUUUGUCUUCUUGGAUAAUCAGGGCUAGGAAAGAAAGAAUUAUCUGAAGAAAACUGAUUCUCGUUCAACCUGAGGACGAGUUUAAUCGACAACCGAUACAUUCGUCUUAAGUCGUUAAAGAACGAUUCCGAUCAAAAUGAUCAGUCUAUAUAUAAUGACUCGUCAAUUAAAUGGAACGUUUUGUUUGAUAAUCAUAAUUUUCAAAUUAUGGUGUUUCAGCUUAUCCAUUUUAAGUGGGGUUUAAAUGGUUCAGUCGCAGACAAAGCUGAUGUUGGUAUCUGACCUCCGCGUCUAUUUCUUUUAGGUUAAAGGGCCUACCGCUUUGUUUGUUUGUUUGUUUUUAUACAUUUAUUCACGUAAUCGACGAAAAGGCAAUUUCGCAUGUGUAAAAUAUAUGACAGUAUUUUUCUUCUAAGGUAAUCAGUACAAAUGAAGUUUAUGAGUUUAUGAUUUUAAGUUUUUAGGCAUCGUUCUUGACGAUAGUCUUACGUGGAAAGACCAUGUUCGUUAUGUUAUUUCUAAGGUUGGUAAAAGAGUUGGUGUCUUAGGGCGCCUUAGAAGGAAUAUCACUAUACAUGCAGCUUUCGAGAUGUAUAAUUCAUUAAUUUUGCCCAUUUUUGAUUAUUGCGAUGUUGUUUGGUCCAGCUGCAAUAAAGCAGAUAUGGAAAGUCUUGAAUCUUUGCAAAGGCGGGCCUCGAAAAUUAUAGUUAAAUCUAAAUGUGGUACAACAUCCACCGAAUAUCUUAAAUUUCAGAGUUUAGAAGAUCGCCGUAACGCUCAUAUUUUAGGUUUAGUGAAGAGGUGUUUAAAUAAUAAUGUACCACAGUUUUUAAAGAAUUAUUUUAAGUUGAAUAAGGAAGUUAUUUCAAGAGAAACAAGAAGAAGUAAUUUUAUGUACUUACCUGCAGUAAGAACUGAGACCGGCAAGAAAAGUUUUUAUUAUAAUGGCUCAGUUGUGUAUAAUAAUUAUUUAGUAAAUAAGAAUUAGUUUUAAUUGUUAUACUAUACUAUUAUUAACUUAUAGUUACUUAGUUUCUUACUAUUUAUUUUGAACUUUUUUAUUAGUCUUAAUUUAGGGCUCCUAUUGAUAACAGAUAUACUUUUAAGUAUUCUGAAGGGAUUACCCUAGUUAAAUAAAGGUUUACUACUACUAUCUCAAGUCGUCAUAACUUUUACCCGCCCCUUUGUUUGUUUGUUUUUUUCCAGUGGAUUAUUAAAGGCCAAAGUCGCCGAGAACGUCGCUAUCUUUUGGCGGAUCUAAUAUGCUUUCUGAUUCUCAGUCCGUUGGUCAUUGCAAGCUCAUAUCUCUGCGCUCAAGGGGCCUGGUACUACCUUGUUUUUGCGGUGGAUAAGUGGACUGGCACGGGAUUGCUUAUUCUGAGCUUGUUUCUUUGGUGUAUAUUUGGGUUUUGGUUGAUUGUUACAAUAAGGUAUCACCGAAGAUGUUGGCUGGACUGGAAAAAUCAUAAUCACGUAGUUAAAUUAGUGAAAAUCAGCAGGUUUGAGGAUGGAGUACUGGAUGACCCGCAGGGAAGCUGUUCAGCCAUAGAGACAGCAGUGUAACUUGGUAAUAGAGUAGAAGGAGCAGCGUCCGUUUUAAAAACGAAGUAUCGACUUUGUAAUUAAUAUUGUUUAAUAGAGAUUGAAUAAAGCAACUCUAACCCUGUCUGUAAUCGCG